AAGGAGAUUAACUUGUAUGUUGGUAUGACAUCUAUGCAACGAAAAUGGUAUCAAAGAAUUCUGGAAAAAGACAUUGCAGCUGUUAACGGUGCUGUGAGCAAAAGUGAAAGCAAAACUCGUUUGCUGAAUAUAGUUAUGCAAUUAAGGAAAUGUUGCAAUCAUCCUUAUCUUUUUGACGGUGCAGAGCCUGGUCCACCUUAUACUACCGAUGAGCAUAUUGUAGACAAUGCAGGCGAAUUACUUAAACGUCUGAAAGCCCAAGGAUCGCGCGUCCUCUUAUUUAGUCAAAUGAGCCGUGUACUUGAUAUACUGGAGGAUUAUUGCAUAUUUCGGGAGUUCGAAUAUUGUCGUAUUGACGGGCAGACUAAACAAGAAGACCGUAUAACUGCAAUUGAUGAUUACAAUGCGCCAGAUAGCACAAAAUUUGUUUUUUUGCUUACUACACGUGCUGGAGGUCUUGGAAUCAAUCUUACUACUGCGGAUAUUGUAAUACUUUAUGACAGCGAUUGGAAUCCGCAAGUAGAUUUACAAGCACAGGACCGCGCACAUCGUAUUGGUCAGACGAAGCAAGUUUAUGUUUUUCGAUUUGUCACAGAGAAUGCUAUUGAAGAAAAGGUUCUAGAGAGAGCUGCGCAAAAAUUACGCUUGGAUCAGCUUGUUAUUCAACAAGGUCGUUUAGUACAAUCACAAAAAGCUGCCAGUAAAGAAGAACUUUUAACUAUGAUUCAACACGGUGCUGAAAGUAUCUUUAAUUCCAGCGAUAGUACUGUAACUGAGGAUGACAUUGACCUAAUCCUCCGCAAAGGCGAAGAGAAAACGGCAGAACUUAAUAAGAAAUAUCAGAGUCUCGGUUUAGAUGAUUUACAGAACUUUACUUCAGAAUCAGCCUAUCAAUGGCAAGGAGAGGAUUGGAGUAAUAAGCGUAAAGAUCAUGGCUCCAGAUUUAAUUGGAUCGAACCCCCAAAACGUGAACGUAAGGUGAAUUAUGCAGUCGACUCUUAUUAUCGAGAGGCAUUACGAGUUACUGCGAAACCAACUCAACCUAAAACGCCGCGAGCACCAAAACAAAUUACUAUUAAUGAAUUUCAAUUCUACCCACCACGUUUAAUUGAAUUAUUAAAAAAGGAAAUGUAUUAUCAGCAAAAAUUAGCGGGGUACAAGGUUGCAUUGGCUGAACCUCAAGGUGAAAAUACCGAUGAUCUAGAAUUACGGGAACAGGAACGCCAAGAUGAACAAGAUAAAAUUGAUAAUGUAACGUUCAAUCAGAUUUUUGAAGAUUGGAGUAAACGCGAUUUCAAUAAUUUUGUCAAUGCGUCGGCAAAAUAUGGAAGGAAUCAACUUGAAGAAAUAGCUUCGGAGAUAGAAGGCAAAACUUUUGAAGAAGUUAAGGCAUAUGCACAAGUUUUCUGGAAACGAUAUCAAGAAUUGUCUAAUCACGAAGAGAUUGUUGCCAAAAUUACAAAAGGAGAAAGCAAAUUGGAACAGACGCACGGAAUACAGGAAUUACUUAAAACGAAGGUCGCACAAUAUCGAACUCCUGGACAUCAGUUGCAAGUUUCUAAUCAAGCAAAGGGCAAGACAUUAUUUACAGAAGAGGAAGAUCGAUAUCUAUUAAUAGCUCUUGCAAAACAUGGAUACGGAACUGAAGAUGUUUAUGAAAAAAUACGAAGCGAAAUUGAAAAUUCUGAUUUAUUCCGAUUUAAUUGGUUUAUUAAAUCAAGAACUUCAGGGGAACUCGCUAGAAGGUGUACUACGCUUAUCAAUCUUAUACAAAAAGAGCAUGGGGAGGAGGAAGUUUCUUCGCCGGCACAAGUGCAAGAAGAAAAAAAGCGAAAGGCCGUCGGCGAUCAAUUCAUAAUUAGCAACGGCGUAAAUCCUCCAAAACGUGGUCGACGUUGA